UGUGUGUGAGAGAGAGAGUGAUAGAGAGAGAGAGAGAAAGAGAGGGAGUAAGACAAAGACAAUAGGUGUGCCCUUUCAUUUCCUUGUCAAACUCAUUUGACAAAGCAGCGUAUUUCAAGUCUAUAUCAAAAUACGAGAAGAAGAAAAGGAGAAUGAAGAAGACCUUCAUAUGUGAUGAAUCAAUGAUCAUCACCAUUCCCAUUGGGAGUCUAAAUGGUGCUCGAGAGGCUCAACUGAUGCCGGAGAAAUUUCAGUGUGUGUACAAAGAUUCCUACAAGAUCUUUGCUAUUAAUGGAAAACCUAAACCUCUUGGAGCAGCCCAAGCCAUUGCUGGCGUGUUCAUUGUCAUUCUGGGGCUGAUUUUUACUCCACAGACAAACAGACACAUAUAUGACAGCGACCAGAUCAUCGUGAGGAUCUACAGCCUACCCAGUGUUUUGUUUGUGGUCUCUGGUAUGCUGUCCUAUGCUUCUGGACAAUCUGCAAACAUGCAUGUGACAAAGCUGUCAUUCUCUCUGAACAUCGUCAGCUUCUUCUGGUCAAUUGCUGCAAUUUGUAUGUGUGCUAUGAGUUUUUCUUUUUCCUGGUACCAAGAAAAGAUCCAUCAAGGAAUCAAUGGACUGAUUUUGACUCUGCUGGUUGUUGAAAACUUGUUUGCCCUAUUCUUGAUCUACUGGUUGAGUAAAGCUGUGUGCAGAAACCAUUUCAACACAUUGCCCAUCAUACUGCUGAAACAGGGAGACUGAGUUUAAAUGCUUGAUGGAGCUCAACAAACCAACAACCAACCAGCUAUUUACAUGCUUCCUUAUUGUAUCAAAGGUGCAUGAUAGCCUAUCAAUGUCAUAUACCUUUCUAUAUACAAAGAAUGUGACAUUAACUAUUCAUGUAAAUGUGCCACUUCUUGGAUACUGAUUAACUAUUAGUUUUAUUUGUAUACAUCUACCUGUGCAUUGCAUCGUUUAAUCAUUUUAUGACUGUAUAGGCCAUCAAUCAAAAAGUAGUAGCAUGUCAGCAACGUUAUCGUGUGCGGCCUGUAGAAGUUUACACACUCCAAAAUAACCUUUAAUUUCUAAGUCCUGGAGAACGUUAUAUUAUCUUAACUCUGGGACCUUUAGAUCAUAUCUUAAAGCUUGUAUAUAACUUUUGUGACACAUCAUUCAAACAGUCAAAGGUAAUUAAAGAUUGUCAUAGGGAAAUAUUAUAAUAUUAUUUUUAAUACUGUUUCCCACAGUGAAGUAUUUCAUUCACUUUACAUUGAUUACUGAGACCCAACGGUCAGUCAAAGUUCUUAUCCUGGUUAAAGCUUAAAGGUGAACUUUUUGCUUUUGUGGCUCACAGGCUUUGAAACAGAUGACAGAUUUUUUCAAAUCAGUCUGAGAGCUGUAUAGUCCUAAAACUUAAUGUCAUUACUUUUUAUCAUUAAUUCUCCAUAAGGCAUUUUGCUUUGUUAUACUUAGCCUACGUGUGGAUUUUGUUUCACUGAUUGUUACUAACUGUAUUGACUGUUUAAGGCAAAUAAAGGUUAUUAUUAUUUA